AUGCACGACAUUAGCGACGUCACGAAAGUUUCCAGCAAGUGGGCGUCUCGUGCAUCGUGUAAUCCAUUUAUUGCUGCAUCUACAGCCUCUUUGAAUGCUGAAAACGGCUCAGAAACGACAACGUUAUCGACAAAUCAAGACGAUAAUGGGAAAGAGAACCGUAUCCCGUCAAGUAGCCGCGAUUGGAGACACUCAAACGUCACAAUGAUACGCACUACAUUAACAUCACGUUUAGAAGAUGAAUUGCUGCCUUCGUCACUGACUUUUGAGGCUUCCACGUCCUCUUCCUUGCUUGGAAAGCGUUCAAACCGGACCGAGACAUCUACAGCUUCACAGAAACGUCUCUACGCGUUAAAUGAGGAUCAGGAACCUCAUUAUGAUGAAGAUCAAGACAGAAGAGAUGCUCAGGCAAUGGAAAAUGCUGUGACGCACUUUGAAGCGCGAGCACUUGAGCUUCACGGCUCUUCAUUAGGUCUGGACCUUAAAGAGGAAAAAGAAGAAUCAGUCACACCAGACGCUGCUACAAUGUUCGUAGAUGACUUUAAUCAUGUGGGACAGCUGCACUUUGGUGCUGUGGCUCUCGGUGAGCGAAAACGCAGGCAAUUGACAUUAAUAAACGCCAGUGAACUGGGCAAUGCACGUGUAAAAUAUGAAGGAUACAUGAUGGUCCGGGAUGAAGACAGUCCAUUGGCUAAAGCUACAACGAUAAAGACGAGGUUCAAGUGUGAUUUGCAUCUUUGUGUGGUCGACGCUCUAAAGUCGAUGACGCUUCGAGUGACGUUUGAACCGCUGCCGAUGGAUGUCGGACACCAAGUUACGGCUGUGCUCAAGUUUAAAGUAAAUAACAGGUUUAGAUUACAAUGCAGAGCAACAGGGACAGUGACACCGCGUGUUCCACAGAUGUCUAGUCUUGGACGCAUGCGCCAAUCAAAACAGAUUGAUGCUGUUGUGGUGCGAGCAAGUAUGAAGCAAAACGUAUCGCCUAGGGUGUCUCCAGUGAACAUUAGAACGAUGACCAGCAGGAUCUCGUCAAAGACAAAAAACACCGCAUUUUCACUUUCAAGUGAUCUGCCUUUAAGCGACCUCGAUGCCGAGCUGGAGCCUGUAGUCAAGAUGAGGCCGCGGGUGGGAGACAAACGCAACUCGUCAGUGACGAUUGAGCUCUCCCCACCACGAAAUGGAUUCAAACGAAGGAAAAGUGAGACACAUGUGAGUAUGCAAAAGACAUUGACGCCACGAAAAAGUCUUGGUGCUACCCAGGAAUAUCUCUCGACGAAGAAGCCUUUUGCUGGAUCUUGGUGGAAACAGCGCCAGGAGAUAUACGACGAGAACUGGAUGGCAAAGCAAACUGAAGGUUUUACGAAAUGGAUGAAUUACGUGCUGUUGGAAAGUACAGCCUUACGACUGAGCGGAUGCAACGAACAAGGUGGCGCAGAGAAGCCAAUUGCCGGAGCUAAACGCAGAUUUGAUUACUCGUCGUUACGCGUGCUUGCACAAAAGCGCAUGGAGUCGAGUUGGGUACAAUCUGCCGCAGAAUUGUACCAUUUGCCAAGUAUGAAUGAUGUUUUGUAUAAGCUGCAGGAUGAGAUUGGCAACCAGAGGUUGCGUUUUCGCGCGGACCGUCCUGUGUAUGCUGAUGUCGGAUUGCAAGAGGAUCUUCUUAGCUUACUGAAUAACUAUCAUCCGGUUUGGCUCUGCCUAGGUUUAUACGCUGUGCUUGGUCAUCAAGUCAUGACACAAGAAAAGUGCUCAUUGCGAACUAUAUUCAGCUGCACUUGUGCAAAAACAACCAUUUCGGGGAUGAAAGACUCGUCACCAGACCGGAAAAUGCCUCGUGUACUUCGCCGGAUUAUCUUGAAGCAUCUGGUCAAAGACUCGCAUGUCGCCCAGAAUUAUCGAUUGGUGAUGAAUCUCAUGACACCUCUAGAUGGCUCCACUGCGGAUCGCUAUGAUGGCGGCAAUGCUUUUAAAAAUACCAAGAAAAACAUUAACGGGCGAGAGUACUUUGACUCGUUGACGCAGUCAUUUAUGCUUAAAUUUUUCAUGCUGGUGAUUUUCUUGGAUCGUGCAGUUGAGCAUAAGGGAGAAAGGUUUGCACACUUUCCCUGUCUCUUUCGAAUUAUGCGAUCGACCAAAAAUACCAUACCUGUUGAGAACCACAACAGCAACAAGCAACGUAACAGCGACGAAGGCAACGAAUUGUGGGUGAAAAAUUCGAAGGUGUUUUUGACCGAGUUCUGCAGACUGUUCUUGGCAAGCGAAGGUCGCAUCGACAAGCAUUUGGAACAGCUAGGCUACUCAUUAAAGCAUGAGCAGACAGCGUUGGACGAAAUCGACCUGGAGAUCAAGAGCUUAGAAACCGAUCUGCGCGACGGCGUCCGACUUGCAAAGCUGAUGGAAGCACUUACGGCAUCUGCGUCCUCCUCGACAAGCAUGACCCAAGGAAGUACUCUUAAGCCUAAGGGCUUAUCAAUGUUCUUGCGUGUUCCGGCUCUCUCGCGAUUGCAAAAAAUGCACAACGUCGAGAUCUGCCUGCACUUCUUGCAAGACAAAUGUGGCGCGAGCGUAUUGGAUGACCUCAAAAGCAGUAGCGAGACAGGUGAGAAACAUAGAUCAGCUGGACGUGUUCGUACAUCUUCGUCCGGUUUUGCGGGUUUGCAAACUAAAGUAGAUGCAAAAAUGGUGGAAAAUCUGGCCAAAGACAUCGUAAAUGGGCACCGCGAGAAGACCCUAGCCUUGCUGUGGAAGCUUGUCAGCUACUUCCAAUUGCAAUCUCUUGUGGACGCCCAAAGAAUGAGACGGGAGAUUAUGAACGUCGUCAAGCGGAUGAGUUUCCGUGCAAAAGAAUUUUUCGAUGUCCAACAGAAGAAAGUACCGCUUAUUCACACUCAUGAUCACGAAUGCUAUGGGUUGUUGCUGGAGUGGUGCCGUGCUGUUUGUGCCAACUACGAUGUAGUUGUGAAUGACUUUUCUCAAUCGUUUGCUGACGGAAAAGCGCUAUGUCACCUGCUUCACUACUAUCAUCCGAUGCUUCUAUCAAAAUCGGACAUGCUGCCAACAACGAGUGAUAGACCUAGUGGGGACGAUCAGCAGACUAGCGAGAAAGCACUCUUAAUGAACGAGCAGCGGCACUUUGCUAUUAUCAACGAACGCAUCAAGCAGCUAGGGGAGGUUCCAGUGCUCAUGCCUCAACAAUACAACACGAACAACCCGCCGGAUGAGAAGAUGGUAGUAACGUUCGUGUGCUACUUGCAGUCACGUCUGAUGGACUCAUACAAUGAGAUUCACGCUGCGUCCAGAUUGAAACGAUGGUGGAAGAGCCCGUUGAUCCGAUUGCGAAUGCAUCGUAAAAAGAAUCUCAGUGCACAAAUUAUUCAGCGGUUCUGGUACUCUUCCAGUCAGAAACGAUUGGCGAUUCGUCAGUGCCGUAAACUCUUACGAGCAGCACACAUUGUAAAAAACAAAGUGCUAAUUUGGGCGGCCAGAAGGCAAUUCUUGUGCCUUCGGAAAGCUGUGGUUACCAUACAGGCGGCAUUCCGUGUUCGUCGGCAACUCCGCGUCAACGGACAUUCGCUUGGUGCGAUUCAAGUAAUCCAGUAUCAUUGGCGGAAACACCUUCAACGGAGGCAACAGAAGGAACUGCAGGUACAGCAGGCUGUACGACGCAAGGUCGCACAGCGCGUUCUUGCGAAGACCAGCUGUGGUGUCAUCGAGAGAAACUGGCUGCAGCAUUUGUCUAGAGAAGGUGCUCGUCUUGUUCGACAGCAAAUGAUCGCUGACCGUCACGUGGCUGUUUCUCAUAUUCAAGUUGCUUGGCGACAAGGUCUUUUACGUGUCGCGGCACGGACGCACCGUGCGCAGAUGUGGCGACGAGAGCAUCAUGCGGCACAAGUUAUUCAAGUGACUUGGGGUACCUUUCACCGCCACCGAGAAGAGAGCAAGCGAAUCCUUGCUCUGCAGCACUUUGAGCAAUUGAUGAAGACGGAAGAGCUUCAGAAGCGGCAAAUGAAGCUGAAGCGGAAAGUGGAGACGCGUGCUGCCACCUGCGUCCAGAGAUGCUUUCGUGAGUUUGUUUUCUGGAAGCGAGAAAUAGCAGCGACUAAGCUCGCGAGUGCAUUCCGAGGCGCAAAGCAGAAAUUGCAAUAUCAAAUGGCGAAAUGUGCUGCUCUGGUCCUGCAGCGCAAUGUCCGCGUGUGGCGCCGGAGGCGCCAGCUACGUGCGCUAACGCACUUCCACAGUUUGCUGAAAAUCUACCAGCAAAUGAAAGCAAACGAAGCCCAUCGACGCGAGAUGCAGCUCCAAGAACUCAAAUGUAAGGUGGAAACGCGGGCCGCGCGCCACAUCCAAAACGUGUACAGAAAUUUUCGAUUUCAGAAGCGAACGUUUGCUGCAACAAGAGCGCAGAGUGUUGUGCUAGCUUGGUUAGCCAGAAAAUCAUACAUCCGUCUCCAUCAGAGCGUGCGCUUGUUGCAAAAGAACAUACGAAUAUGGCGCCGUCAAAAACAGCUCCAAGCGUUGCUGGCGUUCAGAAGCUUGCUUUUGCGGUAUCGGCGCAUGCAACAAGACGAGGAAGAACGGCAAGAACAUAUUCGCCAAAACUGUCUUCGACGCCUACAAGGAUGUGUGGAACAUCGUGCUGCGAACCGCAUCCAGUCACUAUAUCGCUCUUACGCGUGUCAUAAACGGAUGCUUGCAGCGACUCUUAUUCAAAUAGUGUUCCGUGGCUUUAAAGAGAAACAUCAAUAUGCCAAGAAACGUGCAAGUGUGGUGGUGAUGCAGCACUCGAUUCGCUCGUGGAUGGUAGUGACGAAAUUUCGACGAGCACUGUAUCAGCACCGUGCAUGUGUCGGCAUUCAGAAAUGCGUGCGUGGAUGGCUUUCACGUCGUCGAUUUAGCUUCUACGCCCUUCAGACGCAGCUGAAACGGAUGCGUAUGCUGAUGUCGUGUUGGAAGAUCGAACACUGGUACAUCAACCGAAUGAUGAAGUACCGCAAGAAGCGCACGCUGAUGAUACGAUCUCACUGGACGCGACUUGGCGCUGGUAUUGUGCAGAAGCGUACUGCCGAUGCAAACAAAAUUGCGAUGUGCUGGCGGUCAUUCUGCUUCAAGAGUCUUAUCAACGCACGAAUUCAGCGAAGACGGCUUAUGGAUGAUGCUGCCCAACGUAUGCAGGUAUGGUGGCUGGGACUCUGCUGCAAAUGGGCAGAGCGUCAGCGGAUGGAAGAGGCGAAGCGCCAGCGCGAAACGGAAGCGAUGGCAUUGGCUAUGGCCAAGGCGCGCGCAGGGCAUAUGUUGGCACUGUGGCUCUACGAAAAGGUAAUAAUGCCCUCACGCGAGCGUAACUUCCACCUCAUGGCAGUGCGGAAGCUUCAGGCGUGGUGGCGUGGUACUUUCGUUCGCUUGCACCGCAGCACCCCUGAGAUUACUCGGCAACGCAAGAAGCUUUCAGCAAUGAAAUUGGUCGGGCAAGAGCGUUACACCAGUUCGGACACUUCAUCGACCAGUCUGCAUCAAUUGAGGGUCAAAUCGAACGAGGAGAGUAGCGUUCAGUCAGAGCAGCCGCAAACGUUGGGUGCACGAUUGGAUUUGGCCCUGCAUAUGCUACUUCACGGAAAGCGUCUACAGGACAUGCUGUUUGCAAGCCAUACCAUUGAAGUCUGUACUCGGUACUCGCGUGAAAGCUGCCGCAAGUGCGUUCAGCUACAGAUCUCGUCGACUAUUUUUGCAGCCAUUCGUGGUUUGAACCGCAGUCGCCCGCACGUGGAACUACUACACCAACUACUGCUCGUUCUGAGAAAUUUGACGGUAUAUCGGCGGUCGGCUGAUAAGAACAAUCCGAUGCGGGUGGUUGCUAGUGAUGAUGCCAACGGCCGACUCGACGUGGACUUGCGCGCUUUGGAUACGCUGGUGGACUUGCUACACAUUCAUCGAGACAUGCACCACAUUUUCGUGCUGUCAGCGGAUGUCAUAUCGUACUAUUUCAAGUCAUUGAAACCGCUGGCAGGUAGGAAUGCUGGUGUGCAAGAGAGCUGGAGUGAAGCUGAAAAGCGGCUAGGCGGUUUGCAGGAGCUUUUAUCAAGAAAGCUGGCACUAUACAACGCGACGGCUUCGUUCCGACGCGUAAAUCAUAUUCCCGACAAGAGCAGCGCGAACAACCUCAUGAGGAAAAUGAACCCGAAGACGGCCGUAUCUAUCAUGCAGCAGCUCGUAAUGCUGUUAGAACGGUAG